UGCGUGCUGAGCUUGAUCGAGCACCUGUUGACGUAGAAAAAGAGGAGGCGGCCAAAAUAGAGACAAAUAACAAAUCCAAGUCCCCUUCCCACAAUAAUCUACAAAACCAAAAGUACGAGCCACCCUCCAAAUCCUACCUUCUCCUCCUCCUUUCGCCAUUAGAGAACAGAGAGAAUGCGGGAAUGAGAGAGACACGGUAGCAGCAGUGGGAGAGGUUGGCGCGGCCACAGUGGCGGCAAGGCACCUGACUCCGGCGUCCCAGGAAGCCUCUCCGGCGCCAAGGAGAAGCAGUGCAUGUGUUGCCGCCGGGCAUGAUUCUGCUUCCGCAUCUUGAAGGAUUUCAAGGAAGGAAGGAUAGGAAAAGGCGAUCAGGAUUCGUUUGGCCCGUUCAUGUGUUGGCUGUGAGUAUCCGUUUAUUUGCUUUUUAUUCUCAGUUUUGGAGGCCGGAAAACUCUAUCUUGGCUCUGGUGUCUGUAUGUUGUGAGGGUUUGCUGUGAAGAAGCAGAGGAUCAGAGGGGAAAAGAGUGGUUUUUUAAUUGUUUUUCUUUGGCUUUUGGGUUCUGAGAUUAUUCUGGGUCACGAAUCCCUCUUGCUCGUAAGAUUCUGAAUUGCUAGAGAAUGGGGAUGGAAAGGUCGGUGUGGCUGUGCUCUGCAUGUUUGUUUGGGUGAAGACGAACCGGAAUAAAAGAGAAAAAAGUUCAUGUUCCUUUCUCUUCCGUGUUCUUGAUCCUUCUGAGAUAUUUCUUGCUGCUGCUUCAAAGUUUCUCAGUUUCGGACUUGAAUUUUGCAUCUCGUGGAAAACGGGGAAGCACGGCAAUUACAAGGGCCUUCGUUUGGGGCUGUUAGAGCAUUAUAUUCUGUUCCUGCCUGCAUUUUUUUUGGUUCCUGAAAGCUCAAAGAUUGGAUUUUGAGUUAUCUCUGAUACCAAAGCUUCCUACACUGAGUGGCGAGACGGGACAAUUCAGAUGAUUUAGCAGGCUGCAGUGUAUGAACUGUUGUGGAGCAGCCUCCUUUGUUAUUGUUUGGCAAUUUUUGACGAAAAACAGGAGAGCGCUUUUUCAUUCAUUUGAAGAAACAAAGUGGUACAAGAUGACCAAAACAAAACACCAGGGCAACUGUAUUUUUACGAAACUAGAGUUUGCAACCCUUCAUUGGAACUUGGAAGAGACAUGAGCUAAUAUGAGUAGUUGUAAGCUUGUCUAGAGCGAGCCCUUAGAAGGAAAGUAUCUGACCAUGUUCUCAUCUAUGAUGGCAAAGAAGCGUUACAAACAGCAUUCCAAGUCUGAAACAAUCCAGGUGGGCUGUAUGUCUGGGCUGAUUCGCAUGCUUGAUUUCCGUCGCAAUCCAAAACUUCUUUCAGAUGGGAGAGUCAAAACAGAUCCAAAAGCUUCUGAAGAUAUCCAUGUAAACAUAUCUGCUAAUAAUGAAAAAAGCCGUAGGGUUGAAUUGAUUUAUUCUGGUAGGGCAAGUAUUAAAACUUUGAUGGAAGAAGAGAUGAACAGCAGCACACAGCUCUUGAAGCAAGCACAAAGAAAUGCAACUGGCAUAUGCUCUGAAGAUAUUGAUCUAAACUUGGCUGUGAGUCUCAUGGAAAUUUACAGAAAUCAUAGUGAAGGCCAAGAUAUUAGCAAUUCAAUUGAAGCAGGUCAUACUUCCAUUUCGACUAACAAAGAGAACAAUAGUGAUCCUCCUGCUCAUCUCAAUCAGAUCCCUUCUAGUAUUCAGAGAGCACUAGAAGAUGUUGCUGAAGCGGUAAUAAGACAUCAAUCUGCAAAUACAAAAUACACAACCGACAGUGGUGAAGUUAGGUCCAAAGAAUUUGUUGAUGCACUACAGUCACUGAGCUCAAAUAAGGAGUUGUUUCUGAUGCUUAUGCAAGACCCAAGCUCUAGGUUGUUAGAAUGUCUCCAGAACCUUUACAUGUCACUAGGAAGUACCAAGUUAGGAUGUGAAGAAUAUGAUGAAGAAUCUGAGUUGCAAGGAAUGACAAAUAGUCUAGAGCAGUCUGUGACUUCUCCAAGUAAAGUGGAAAGAAGGCAUAAUUCUUUCUUGAAGGAGGAUAAGUUAGUCAUGAGGAAACCACCAAAGUUAAAUGAUAAUUCUCGUGGCCUGAGCAGAAUAGUAAUCUUGAAGCCAACUCCUGCAAGAAGUCAAAGCAGUCUUAUCUCAAGUAGUGCAACUUCGUCAUCACUAUCAAAUCAUACUAAUUUGCAAAUUCAGGAAGUCAGUGAUAAAUCUGAUCGCCAUUUCUCCCUCAGAGAGCUUAAAAGGAGGCUAAGGCUUGCCGUUAGCGACAAUCAGAAGGAUCACCAGUUGAACUCGAUGAGUAGUACUUUCCAUAAAGCUGAAGCUGAUUCUAGCAAACAGCUUCCAGUCUCAAGUAUGUCGGUGAGUUUGGCAAGUACAGAUUCUUCUGACAGCAAGGGGGCUGAGGAACCAUCUAUAGUUGACAAGAAAACAGUCCCAGAAGAUAGUGGAAGUGGCACGAGAAAUGAUGUUACUCAUGGUGUCGGCUCAUUCUCCUAUCAAAAAGCUAAAAUGUAUCUAAUUGAUAGACUGAACAAUCAAGGAGAAGACAGUUCUCAGAUUGUACAUAAAUCUGAAUCUUUGGAGAGAUUAAUUUCAUUACCAGAGAGUGGUACAUUUUCUCCAAGUCGUUGCCCUCAAGAGGAAAAUGUUAGCCUAUCACAUGAAGCUACAAAUCCAUUGGACUUGCAUACAAUUGAGCAAGAGGAUAGUUCAGCCAGUCCUAACCCUACAGAGCUGUACUUGGAGACAGAAUCGGCCAACACCAUAAACUUAGCUAACAACACAUUGGUUGAGCUCAAGGUAUAUCAUGGAAACCAUCAACUAACUGAGGGCGCCAUCUCCCAGGAGUUAAGCACUGAAGGGGUUAAGAUCAUGCCUGAUACAGUGGGGAACCUACCACUCUGUGCUGAGAUUGAAACUUCACGGGAAAGUGUGGGAGAAAAAGUUUCAGAUCAAUGUCCCUCGGAGGAACCACAAUCCAUGAAUGUGUUACCAGAAGUGGCCCUGCAUUCUCCAGAUGACCCCGUUAAUGAACAAGAGAACCAUUGUCCAUCAGAAGUUGUCGAAUUAGUCAAGCCAUCUGUAUUGACAUUUCCUUACUCCCCGGAGAAUACUAAUGACAGAGAGGAGAAAUUGAGUCCACAAUCCGUUCUUGAUUCUGUCGUAGGAGAUAUUACCAGUCCCAGACACAAAACCCAAAAGCGAGAUGAGUUGUUCAUGCCUACUUCAAGAGCUCUGUUCAAAGAACAUGGCACUCGUUCAGCAUCCCCAACUUUGUGGAAUGGACCAAAAGUAGCUAUUUUGGAUUAUAAAGACGCAAGGGUUUCCUUCAUCAAGGCCGUGCUCGAAGCGUCAAAAUUGUCGUCUGAGGACAAUUCAUGGAGAUGGUGCACGGAAGAGUCACUGCUUGACAUAUCUGUAUUGGCUGAAGUAGGAAAUUUGUACUGCCUGACAGACGAUGCAGUGCUUCUGUUUGAUUGUGUGGAAGAAGUUAUUCUCGAGAUAAGGGACAAGUUCUUUGGUGUUGACCCUUGGGUUGCUUUUCUGAAACACAAUGUGAGACCAGCUCCAGUAGGAAGAAAUCUCGUUCAAGAGGUGGCCAAGUGCAUCGAUGCUCUUGUCAGUAAUGAAUUUCCAAAUACUUUAGAUAAGGUGAUAAUGAAAGACUUGGAAAGCGGGUCGUGGAUGGAUCUUCGGCGCUAUGCCGAAAGCGUUGUAAUUGAGUUGUGGGAUGGUUUGCUUGAUGACUUACUGGAGGAAAUGGUUUUUGAUUUGUGGCUUCAAGACUGUAAUGCUGUGUAGUCAGCCAUGGAGGCAUGCUCCAUAAGUACUGGAGGGAGGUUCACAGAUACAGCAACCUUUUGUCAAAGGACAGAGAAAAGUGAGUUUGGCAGGUUUCAGAACAUAAUUAGUUAGGCAGUUCAUGAAGACAGCUGAUUUCCUUUUUUCGUAUGACUGUGUGCUUAUUGUAAGUCUUGAAUGAACGUGGCUCCUAACACCGUAAUUGUUCUUUUUCUUUAUGCUCCUUUUUUUCUCACUUUUUUUAAUCUCUGUAGAGUGUACAGGAGUGGAAACAGGGAAAUAAGUGCUGUUGUAUAUAAAGUGGCCGUUUUAUCUUUAAAAUGAUUUUUUUUUCUUC